AUGACAAGAUGGCUCUUGGCUCUAACAGAAUAUGACAUCACUUGUGUUACUCCCAAGGCUAUUAAGAGCCAAGCACUUGCAGACUUAUUGGCUCAAUUCCCAUCUGGUGAACAUGAACCUGCAGAGGUACCUCUAUUAGGUGAGGUCUAUGUCUCAACAGCCGCAAUUGAGACUCAUUGGGACUUCAAAUUUGAUAGAGCUUCCGGAGCUAGGAAAGGUGGAGUUGGCGUAACACUAACCAAUCAAAAAGGAAAGAAGUUUCAUCUAUCAUAUAAGUUUGACUUUGAGUGUUCAAACAACGAGGAUGAAUAUGAGGCGUUGAUACUGGGUCUAAUAGCUGCCCAAAAGAAGGGCCUCCGCAAGUUGAAAAUUUGGGGUGACUCUAAGCUAGUUGUCAAGCAAACAAUGGGUGAUUUCGCAUUGAAGGAGCCUUUGUUGGCCCCAUAUCACACCGUAGUUCAAAGGUUGCUCACUUAG